AUGGACUUCCAGAAGGUUGAGACAGUGCUUGAUCUCAGCAACAUCCGUGCUGCUCUCGUGCGUAUGGAAGACACCAUUGUCUUCGAUCUUAUCGAGAGAUCGCAAUUCUUUGAGCUGCCCAGUGUAUAUGAAGUCAACAAGUACCAGAUCGAAGGGUUUCUGGGCCUGUUCAUGGAAUGGCUACUUUUGCAAACGGAGAAAACACACUCACAAGUCAGAAGAUAUGAAGCGCCUGACGAAACGCCAUUUUUUGCUGAUCAGAUACUCAAGCCAAUCCUUCCGUCGAUCCAGUACCCAAAGAUUCUUGCAUCCUACAGCGAUGACAUCACUGUCAACGAUGAGAUCAAGAAGUUUUACGUGGAGAAAAUCGUUCCACAAGUUGCAUGCGGCAAGGGCGACCAAUUUGAGAAUUCAGGCUCAGUGGCCGUUUGCGACGUGGAGUGUUUGCAAGCGCUCUCACGGCGUAUCCACUUCGGUAAGUUUGUUGCCGAGGCCAAAUUCAGACAAGAUAGAGAGCUCUACACCAAGCUCAUUGAAGCGCGCGACGUCAAGGGAAUCGAGGCCAGCAUCACAAACAGUGCAGUUGAAGAGAAGAUCUUGGAGCGGUUGAAGGAGAAAUGUGAAGCGUAUGGCACUGAUCCUGGGUUGAGGUGGUCGCAGUUGAUGCAGCUGAAAGUGAAGCCAGAGGUGAUUGUGCAAUUGUACAAGGAGUAUGUGAUUCCACUCACCAAAAGGGUUGAAGUCGACUACUUACUUCGAAGACUCGAAGACCCAAUGUAA